AUGUCGUCGAACUGUUUGAUACUGAAGCCGGCGUGUAUGGGAUGUGGAUCGCAGUCGGAUUUGUACGGAAGCAACUGUAGGCAUAUGACGUUAUGCUUCAAGUGUGGCAAAACCAUGGCUGAGAACAAAGCCAAGUGUCUCGACUGUGGCACCGUCGUCACGCGGCUGAUUCGGGAGUAUAAUGUCCGUGCGGCUACACCCACCGAUAAGAACUACUUCAUUGGUAGAUUCGUGACUGGUCUUCCAAAUUUCAAGAAAGGCUCUGAGAAUAAGUGGUCUCUUCGUAAAGAUAUACCUCAAGGUCGCCAAUUUACAGAUGCACAACGGGAGAAGUUAAAGAACAAGCCUUGGAUCUUGGAAGAUGAAACUGGCCAGUUUCAGUACCAAGGACAACUUGAAGGCUCACAGUCUGCAACUUACUAUCUCUUGGUGAUGCAGAACAAGGAGUUUAUCGCGAUCCCCGCGGGUUCUUGGUAUAACUUCAACAAGGUUGCACAGUACAAGCAACUUACACUGGAGGAAGCGGAAGAGAAGAUGAAGAACCGUAGAAAAACUGCUGAUGGGUAUCAAAGGUGGAUGAUGAAAGCAGCGAAUAAUGGUCCAGCGCUGUUUGGAGAACGAGAACUGGAAAAUGACAAAGAGAGCGGUGGAAGUGGUGGAGGCGGUAGGGGUCGUAAAAAGGCAUCGGGCGGUGAGGAAGAAGAAGGGAAUGUCUCUGACAGAGGGGAGGAAGACGAAGAGGAGGAGGCGUCGAGGAAGAGUAGACUCGGGCUUAAUAAAAAGAGUAAUGAUGAUGAUGAUGAAGAAGGUCCGAGGGGUGGUGAUCAUGACAUGGAUGAUGAUGACAUUGAGAAGGGGGAUGACUGGGAGCAUGAAGAGAUUUUCACCGAUGAUGAUGAGGCAGUCGGUAAUGACCCCGAGGAACGUGAAGAUCUUCUGGCGCCUGAGAUUCCUGCUCCUCCAGAAAUUAAGCAGGAUGAAGACGAUGAAGAAAACGAAGAAGAGGAGGGAGGGCUGAGCAAGUCUGGUAAAGAGCUACAGAAAUUGCUCGGCAAGUCUAAUGGUUUGAAUGAAUCUGAUGAAGAAGACGACGAUGAUUCAGAUGAGGAAGAGGAGACAAACUUCAGUCCAGUUACGAAUUCAAAACAGAAGGAUGCGACCAAAGAAGAGCCUGUUGAGAGCAGUCCUCCAAAACCUGCACCUUCCUCUGUAUCUUCCCGUGGAACACCUUCUGCAAAACCAUCCAAGGGAAAGAGAAAACUGAAUGAAAGCGAUUCUAAAAAACCUAGCAGCUCCUCUGUCCAAAAGAAAGUCAAGACUGAAAACGAGCCGAAAUCUUCGGUGAAGGAAGAGAAAAAUACAUCAGUUUCCAAAUCCAACGCACCGACAAAAGCCGUGAAAGCUGAACCAAGUUCAGCUGCUUCAGCCUCAGCUGCUACGGGGCCUGUGACUGAAGAGGAGAUCCGCGCUGUUCUGAUGGAGAAGAAGCAAGUCACUACACAGGAUCUCGUCUCCAGGUUUAAGGCAAGGCUUAAGAACAAAGAGGACAAGGCCGCCUUUGCUGAUAUUCUGAGGAAGAUCUCAAAGAUUCAGAAGAACGCUAAUUCUCAAAACUACGUCGUUUUGAGAGUAAAAUGA